UUUAUCACACUUCUCUUUCUUUCAGCGCAGACAAGACCUCGACUCGUCCCGUGCUAGAAAAUGACAAAGAAAAAAAAUGGCGAGAGGAAGGAAUCGACUAAACAGCCAGGCAAAGGAGAGGGGAAGAAGGUAACAAAGAGUCAGAAAAUGAAAAACACAGAACAGGGAACAGAGAACAAGGAACAGGCGCCAGCAGAGAAGGCGAGGGCCAGCGGAGAGGAGGAAAUGGAAAGAGGAAAAGAGGAGAGAAUGACAAGCAAAGAGACGGUAACAGAGGAUGGAAACGGGAAGCGAAGAGGAGACAAGAAAAGGAGGAAUGAUGGAUGGAGAAGAAAGCAAGAAAUAAAAGACGAAGGAGGAAGGAAGCAACAAAACGGAAAGGGGGAGGGAAACGCGGAAAUAAAAGACAAAGAAGCAAGUAAUGAAGAAAAAGAAGAGGUAGAAGAAAGCAAGGAAAUGAAAGACGAAGGAGGAAGGAAACAAGAAAACGAAAUGGGGGAGGGAAACACAGAAGUAAAAUACGAAGGAGCAAGUAAACAAGAAAACGGAAAGGGAGACGCAAGCAAGGAAAAAGAGAAAAGAAGAAGAGAAGAAGAAAAGAGAAAAGAAACAAACGAAGGAGUGACAAACGAAAAAGGAAUAGAAGAGAAAGAAGCAAACGAUAAUAAAGAGUCGGGCACACAAACACCACAAGAGGAGAUAGGCAACAACAAACAAACAAACGAUGAAGGAACAGGCAAACAAAGAAUAAAAGAAGAUGAAACAAACAACCAAGAGACAAAGAAAGGAGAGACAAACAUGGAAGGAACAGGAGAAGAGAGAAAAGACAAAGACACAAACGAAGAGACCGCAGAAGAGCAAGGACGAGGACGACAGAAAAACAACAAAGAAACAAAGGAAGGGGAAGCAGAGACGCAACGACCAGGAGAAGAGACGAACGGCAAAGAGAGAAACAUAGAAAGGACAAACAAACAAGAAACACAAAAUAACGGCCCAAACAACAAACAAACAAACGAGGAGGAGACAGGAACGCAAGAACCGGAAGGAAACGCAAACAACCAGGAAACACACGAAGCAACGACAGCCGCAGACCAACAAGAACCUCGCAAACGACAAACAAAGCCACGAGGCGACCAAGGACUCCUCCCAAAGGCUGAGCCGAACGACGAGGGACGCGCGGCGGGCGAGCGGGCGGCCGGCGGGGGCGCGGCGGGCGACGGCGAAGCGGAAGGGCCGGGCGCCGCUCCCGGAGAGGACGAGCCGCAGGAGAGCCUGGGGGCCAGGGCGGAGGAGCAGACGCAGCGGGCGGCGGAGGAGGCAGAGAGCAGGAGGCGAGUGGAGGGACUGCAGGAGGAAAUGAGGAAAAUGAAGGCGCAGUAUGAGGACAAGGAACGGCAACUGAAAAGCGAAAUGAGAAGCAAAAUUUCAUCUCUUCAGGAUUUGGAUUCUCGUAAGACAAAGAGAAUUACGGAUUUGGAAAGGGAAAAGAAGACCCUGCAAUCGCGCCUGGAUGCAAAGACGCUGGAAGUUGGGAAGUUAGAGAAGAAAAUCUCAGGCCAACAACGUGAUUUGCGCGAGGCACAGGAGGACCUGGAUGUCGUGAGGAACAGCCUGAAGGAGGAGGAAGAGGACAAUGAGCGGAACCGAAGGGACUUGAACGCGCGAAUCGCAACGCUGGCAGAGAAGACGUCGCGAGUGAGCAAGGAACUGAUGGAAGCGCACUUGCGGCUGGCCGAGUCGAACGAGAGGACGAGAGUCAGGAAAUCAUCGGCAGAAGAGUUGGUGAAGAUAUACGAAGGAGAGAAAGGACAGCUAGAGCAGAGGAUUUCGUCCCUAGAGGGAUGCAAGAAAGACAACGAAGAGGAAUUAAGGAAAACGAGUAAAAUACUAGCAAAGGAAAGGGCGCAGAGCAAGGAGCAGAUACACAAAUUGAAGCAACUUACAAACAAGCUGCAAGAGGAAAUUGAUGAAAUGAGGAACGAGGAGGAGGAAAGGAAGGAGAACAGGAAGGAGAUCGAGCGUUGGAAGCAAUAUGCGCUUAUCCAGGCUACAUGUUACAAAGACAUAAUUUCCUUGAAGUACAUCAUUGGGAAAGGCGUCGAUCCCAACUGUAGAGACAGCUACGGCAGCACGCCCCUCCACGUGGCCGCAUCUCAUAGCGACCUCGAGAUAACGUCAGCGCUGCUGGAGGCUGGAGCCAACACGGAGGCGAAGGACCAGUUCGGAGACAUGCCCCUACACACAGCCACGCGGGCGGGGUCUGUGGGCCUGGUGAAAGCGCUCCUGGACAAGGGGGCGAAUGAGAACGCCAGAGAUUAUGAAGGAAAAACAGCAGCAGAGUUAGCAGCAGCCUUUGGGAAAACAGAACUGCUGGAACUUCUGUUCGAUAGACCCCAGCCUCUCCCCCACAUAGCAGCUGCCAACGACCAACAAUCGACGUACUGGAGCCUCCUGGAUGCCGGCUUUUCCCCAUGGGCAGAGUGGGAGGGCUGCCCUGCUUACGCAUACGCUGAAGCGGCCGGCCACUUGAGUCUGGCUUCUCGCCUCGCGCUCGUAAGAAGAGGCUUUAUGGGCAGAUUGCCGUUCUACCUCUUCGGUUGGUUCCCUUUGACUUGGCCCAUUGCUUGGUUCAUCUUCAUCCUCUUCUUCUACAAUAAGAAGAAGCCCUUGAAGAGCACAGUGGAGAACAUGCUGGCGAAGGAAGGACCAAGGGAGAUGAUACCCGUUAGUGAUGGAGAAGACCGAGAUACCUUGGGCAAUGAACGUGACAACCCCGCGUCCUCACUUGAAAUCGUAAAUGAACAAUCCAUGGAAACCCGCCUGUACAGCACUUUCGCCAGAAUCUUUCAGUUACUUCUUGCGUAUUUUCGGUUGUUCACACAGAUUUUCGUCACCCAACUGUUCAAUCUAGCACCGGCAUUGGAACUCCAGACGGAUCCGGCCGCAGUGCGAGACGCUGCAGGAUCUCAGGAAAGGAGCAACAGGAUGAAAUGCUCAUCCCCUCCUGACGCUUCACAUCCGUCCCCCCCAAAGGUGGGGUCGAAAAGAGCCGCCGAAGGAAGAUUGAGCCAGGGAAAGAAGGGGGAAUUAUCUCGAUCUGCUGAUUUCCUCCCUGGUAAUGUGUCAAAGGAGCCCAAACGCGAACGUUCGAGACCUCCUGGACUCCCAAACAUCGGCAACACCUGUUACAUGAAUUCUGUGCUUCAGUGUUUCUACCACACAUUGCCAGUCACGAAUUUCUUCCUCAAUGAGAAUUUGAGAUAUCACAUCAACAACAAAAGCGAACAGCAAGGAAGGGUUGCCACAAUUUAUGGCGAACUGGUAAGAGCCAUGGCCAAGGGAGGUGACCUUUUCGAGGCAGUUACACGCAUGAAGCAAAUAUCCGGUGUCUUUGACGAAUACCUUAGAGACUACGGUCAGAAGGAACCGCACGAUUUCUUGGGCGUCACGCUGGGCUGGCUGCAUUCGGACCUCGCAAGAAUAUCCAAUGACCCCGAACACACCUCAAACGCCAUGUCCUCCGUCAUCUCAGACAACUUUAACAUCCAACAUCUCAACGUCAUUACCUGCGAGAAGCGUCAGCGGCCGAUCGUCAUAAAGACCGUGUCGCACUCCAACCUCACUCUCGCCGUGUGCUCCAACAAGGCCGUAGACCUGGAGACACUCCUGGCGAAUUACUACACACCGCAGUAUAUUAACUGGGACUGCGAUUUGUGCGGGUCGAACCACAAAUGCCGUCAAGAAACGAUCAUUCUCCGUCUUCCGCCUUUCCUUAUCAUCCAUCUCAGCAGGUACAACGUCCAAAACCCUCAGGCACCCAAAGUCGGCGUACGUUUCCCGGAGACUCUUAACUGCAUGAAGAAAUACUGUGGCUAUAACAACGAUAGAAAAUACAGCAUUUAUGGAAUAUGUGCCCAUGAAGGGACCAUGCAAUUUGGUCAUUGUAUUUCAGUCUGUAGACAAAGUACUCAAGGGCAAGCCAGUGAAGAAGGUCGUACAGGAAGGUGGCACUUGUGUAAUGAUAGUACAGUGCUUCCCAAAGAGGAUCAUAGUGUUAUACGGGACGAAAAUGCUCAUAUUCUCUUCUACGAGGCCGUGUGAGAUUGUCUUAGUUUCGGCGUGAGUUUCAUUCUUUAUGGUGAAUUAUACAUGUGUUUUCUUUCGAUGUUUUGUAAUAUUUUCUGCAUCUGAAUUGGAUUUAUAUUCUGUAUUUUCAGAAUCUGUAUUGUUUUCCUUUCUUUUUUUUAUUUUUUUUUUUUUUUUUUGCUUUUUCAUUCCUGUCUUAUAUAUCACUCUCCCUCCUCUUCACUUCCUUAGCCAUUUGAAUCGUAUUUAUGCAAAACUCCUCUUCCCUUUUAGCCAUUUAAGUUCCAUUCAUGCAGAGGUUCAUAAAGGCCAGAAAUGUCCAGUGUCCAGCCAGUAUUAUCCCCUUCAACCAAUCCCAAAUAUUAGUUAACGUCGUGAGACCCAUAAGACCCACGGCUGGCUCUUGAGGUCUCAUCGAAUUCAUUGCAAAGAAUAAACGGUGGUAUUAAGAGUCGUUGGGCGCCUUCUCUAAACCCUAAACUUCAAGGAUUACCCUGCGAUGCGUCUUUUCUGUUGGUCUCCUUGGCAUGUAGGGAUGUGUGUGUGUUUACCUUCUUGUAUUAAUAGGAAACGGGUAUGUUAGUGUGUGUUGAUAAACAUGAUUUUUGUGAGUACUUUUUACAACUGUUUCUUUAUGUAUUUCUAUUUUUAGUAAGUAUGGAGCUAAUCAAAGAAUGUAUGAUUAAGUAAUGAUUAAAUUAUUCACAGAUGAAA